AAUGCGCCUUAUCCGUGGAGGAAGUUUACACGGUCAUUCUUCUUCCUCUUCCUAUUAUUCUUCUAAUUCACCUGAAAAUUCCUCAAUUAGUUUUAAUAGUGCCGAAAUUAAUAAUUAUUUUUACGAAGAAGCUGGAAGGGGAGGAUUAAUGUAUUUAAAUAAUGAUUCAGUUGCCAGUGCUAUCUUUCUUGCCUGUGAGCGUGGUGCUUUGCCUGAAUUAAGGCAAUUUGUUUCCAGUUGUUUUGUUGAAUUAGCUCAUUUAAAAAAUGAGUUGGAUGAAACCCCUUUACAUGUAGCUAGUGGAAAUGGAUUUGAGGAAUUGGUACAUUUUCUUUUAAAAUGUGGGUGUAAUCCAAAUAUUGGUGAUGGACAGGGAGAUACUCCUCUUAUAUGGGCAGCAAGAAAUGGACAUACAAAUGUAUUUAAAUAUUUACUUAAAUCUAUUGAAAUGGUUAAUGCUACAAAUAAAAAUCAAGAAACAGCUUUACAUAUAGCUACAAGAUACACACAAGGAAAAGCAGUUCUUGCAUUACUAGAAGCUGGUGCUGAUCCACAUUUGAUGGAUAAACAUUUGGAAACUUCACUUCACAUUGCUGCUUGGGAUGGACAGAAUGGCCUUUUGGAUUUACUUUGCCGUUUCAGUCAUUUUUUGGAUAUUCAGAAUUCGGAUGGGGACUCGGCAUUACAUAUUGCUGCAAUUAGAGGGCAUUUGGAAUGUUUGGAAAGUUUGUUGGAAAAUGGAGCGCAAGUUGAUUUACAGAAUCAAUCUGGCCAAACAGCAUUACAUAUGGCUCUUUCAAGAGGUCAUGUUGAUAUAGCAAUACUUUUAUUGGGGAGAGGGUGUAAUUCAACAAUUCAAGACCAAAAUGGAGAUACUCCUUUACAUUUAGCUGCUGAAAAAGGACUUUUUACAAUUGCUCAAACAAUUUGCCAAUUAAAUAUUCCAAUUGAUAUACAAAAUUCCCAAGGUCUUUCCCCCUUACAUGUUGCUGCUAGAUUUGGAAGUAUUGAAAUUGUUAGGUGUUUAUGUCUUGCUGGGGCUAAUGUACAUUUAAAAACUAAUGACGGAAUGACAGCAGAAAUUGUAGCUUUAGCUCAAGAACAUAAACAUAUUGCUGUUCUCUUAGGAAAAGUUAAACAAGAAAAGGAAAGACAAAAAUUUGUUGAACAAUUAACAACUUUAGAUAUUCCUUUAAAUAGAAUUAAAUUAAAAGUUUUUGGUUCACAAGGUGCCGGUAAAACUCGUCUAAUUCAAGCCUUACAACGUCCCUCUUCUGCUUCUUCAUUAAAUUCUUUGGUGGAGUCUGUUUCUCGUAGAUUUUCUGGAAGUCUUUUUCUUUCAUCUUCAACAACACAAACAGGCCCUCCUUCUGUUCAUUCAAAUAAAGGAAAUCAAAAUAAUGAUUGUACUUUUUCUUCAUCAACAUCUGAUGAAGGUAUUCAUUCAGCUACUUCAUCUACAUCAUCUACUUCUUCUUCAGCUAUUAAUUCUCAACAACAACAACAACUUCCCCCUCCAAAUAGACACAAAACUUGGCCUUAUUCAAAUAAUACAAUUUCUGGUAAUAAUAAUAAUAAAGAAUUCAAAAAUGGACAACAAGGAAUUGAUAUACAAAAUAUGUCUUUUACUGAGUGUGGUGAAUUUUCUGUUUGGAAUUUUUCUGGACAUGAACCUUCUCAUAUUUGUUAUGAUCAUUUUGUUGGAAAUACUGAUUGUGUUCAUUUAGUUGUCACUCGUUGUUCUGAUGAUCCUCAAGACGAAUAUAAAGAAUUACUUUAUUGGCUUAAUUUUCUAAAAGGCCGGGUAACACCUACUGAACCUAUUGGACAUUGUGGAUUAAUGGCUCGUCGUGCAGUUGUUGCUAUUGUUGGAACAUUUUACGGGACAGAUUCCUCCUCUUCCUCCUCUCCUUCCUCUCCUCCUCCUUCUUCUCAACCACCAAUUACUUUAAAUGAGGCUGAGGCAAUGAUGAAAACAUUAAAAAUGCGUUUUGAGACACAUUUUGAAAUCCAUCCACAAUUACUUUUGGUAGAUCUUUCUGCACAAACAGAUUGUAAAGGAUUAAAAGAAUUGAGGAAUUUUCUAGUCAAAUCAAGAGAAUCUAUUUUACAAAGACUACAACGCCCACUUCGUUUAUUAGAUCCAGCAUUACUUUUCCUUGAACAACUUCGAGAAAAAUAUUCCCAAUUUCCUUGUGUUACUUGGAAUUAUUUUACUUAUUUAAUUCCAUCAGAAGUUAAUCCUUUAGCUAGUGAUGGACAUUGCCGUCAAUUAAUUCAACAAUUACAAUUAAUUGGAGAAGUUGUUUAUUUACGUGAUGAAUGUAAAGAAUUGGAUUAUAUUGUAAUUUCCCCAGAAUGGUUAGGUACUCAUUUAUUGGGUACUUUAUUCUCUAACCAAUUUGCUCAAACAAACCGUACAAAUGGGAGGCUGAUGUUUGAAGAUUUUGCUGCUGCAUUCCCUGAAGUUGCUGAUACUGGGGAUUUACUACAAAUUAUGGAAACACUUCAAAUUUGUUCUCUUGUCGAGCCAGAUUUUGAAUUCCCAGCAUUUAUUACUUGUAAUCCCCCAAUUGAUAUUUGGCAACCAAAUAGACCUCAAUUUCUCUAUGCGGGUUUAAGAAUUAAACCAGCAAGGGGAAUGGAACAAACAAUGCAAGCAAUAUUUCCUCGAAUUCAAGUUUCCAUGAGAAAAAGUAUGCAAGACUUUCAGGAUUCUUUGGAUGCAGAAUUAUUACAAUGGAAGGGCUGUUCAAAAAUGUUAUCUGGAAAAAUGGAAGCACUUGUACGUUUAAUUGGGGAUUCUGUUGAAGUACAAAUACGUGGACCUUCUUCUAUGUCUAAUUCUGCAAUUUACUUUCUUGAAGAUUUAACUAAUUUAGUCGAACAGACAGCAGCAGAAGUAGCUCCAGGGAUUAGUACUGAAAGACAUUUUCUUUCUCCUAAACAUUUGAAAGAACACAGAACAAAUCCAGCUUCAUUUACACCUGAAGUAAUUAUGGAAAUGCAAUUAAAUGAAUCUCUUAUAAUUGAAAAUAGUGAUGGAGAACAAGAAGAGUUUACUGAUGUUGUUUGUUUUGGUUCAACAGAAGUUGCCGGCCUUCUCUCCCUUGGAAUAGAUAUUUCCGUUGCUCAAUUACAGCCAUGUACUCGUUCAGAAUUGGCAGCUUUAUUAGAUCCUUCAGAUCCAAUGGGUCGUGAUUGGAGUAUUUUAGCUGUUCGGUUAAAUUUGGCAGAAGCAUUGCCGAGUGUCGAUUCUACUGGACAAUCACUUUCCAGGACAGACCAAUUAUUGGCAGAAUGGGCUAUAACGACAGCGGGAAAUGCUUCUAUUGGUCGUUUAGCAACAAUUUUGUCAGAAAUGGGAAGGGAUGAUGUUAAACAAUUAUUAUUUAGAAGAGUACCUUUAUAUUUAUUUAAUUCAACACCACAAAUAAUUACACAAACUGAAAAUAAUAUUGUAAAUAAUAAUGAAAUUAUUUGA